AUGACAGAGUUGCAUCAGGCAGCUGCGGCUGGAGAUUAUGAUUUGGUGGAAGAAAUUGUGAGAAACAAUUCGUGUAAUCCUAAUCAAAAAGACUUGGACUGGAACAAGAAAACUGCUCUGCACUGGGCAGCAUCCAAAGGCCAGACAGAGAUGGUUCGGAUACUGGUUGAAAAUGGAGCCAGGGCUUGCUUGAGAACGGACACUGGAUGGACGCCUGCACACUUUGCAGCUGAAUCUGGAAGACUAGCGGUGCUACGACUCCUUCAUUCCCUGCAUGCACCUGUAGACAAGGAGGACUCCUCUGGAGAUAAACCUGUCCGGAUUGCUGAAAUCUACGGACAUGAAGAUUGCGUUCGUUUUCUUGAAAAGGCAGAGGUUGAGAGCAGAAACUAUCGGCAAAUGGCAAUGUCAAAUGGUCUUCCAUUAGAUGAUACAGAUGAAGAAUGGGAAGAGGAAAGAAAAGAAGCCAGACUGCAAGAAAGAAACCAGUAG